CCGGGUCAUCAGCACAAUACGUUGAGAGAUUUAAUCAGAGAACCAAACUCUUGUUUUGAAAUGCCUGAAAGGCGGAAACGGUAUUCAGGAAACAUGGCGGCAAAUGUCAACAAUCAAUCCAGUUGCUGGAAGGUCCCAGAAGUGUACAAACAUCACGAACAGCAUAAAGUAUGUAUUUCUAGACCAAAAUAUAGAGAUGGGAGGAGAGCUAAAGCAGUCAAGGUGUACACCAUAAAUUUAGAGUCCUGUUACGUGAUGAUCCAAGGAGUCCCAGCUAUUGGAGUGAUGGAGGAGCUGAUCCAGCUGUGUGCUCUUUAUGGAACGGUGGAGGAAUACAGACCGCUGGACGAGUAUCCUGCUGAGGAGUUUACAGAAGUCUACCUGGUCAAGUUUCAAAAACUGACAAGUGCCAGAGCGGCAAAACGCCACAUGGAUGAGAAGAGUUUCUAUGGCGGUGUGCUGCAUGUGUGUUAUGUCCCGGAGUACGAGUCUGUGGAAGACACCAAGUUAAAGCUGCAGGACAGGAGAAGUUAUGUUCUGAAAGUGGCUCGGAAUAAAGCGCGAGAAAGGGAAGCAGAAGCGGCACUCGAGCAAUCUACAUCUUCAGAAAGUGUUCCAGCAUCAAGCACAGUUUUCCCCACAAAUCCAACCAAUAACAGUGACGGUACAGACGAGACUUCAAGCAUAAGUCAUAGUUCCGGAUUUCCUCUACUGCCCUUACCUCCCCGGGAGUACUUUAAUCAGGAUUAUCCUGGGAAUGAACCAACAGAAGAUAAAAUGGGGACUCUACAUCAUGCGGUGCCUCCUGACGUAAAACAGCAGAAAGUCGAGAAUUUAAGCUCUUUAAAAAAAGGCCCUAAAUCAGAAAAAAGACCGGCCUCAAACCCAGCCCCUGCACCCAAGUUUGUUCCAAGAACCGCAUAUUUGGAAAAGAACAAACGCAGCAAAAUAGAAGAAGCCACAGAACGGCCAGUGACUGAUCCUGGAGAUCAGUCUUUGAUUGGACCAAAACUGCCAGAACCACAUAAGAUGGAUAUGAACGAUGAGUCGCUAAACACAACAGUAAAUCUGAUCAGAAGCACAAUGAAGCAGGCAGCAUCAGUUCCAGACUUCAAACCAGCAGAGAAGAAGGCUAAGCCACGUCGCCGGAUAUGAUUCAAGCCAUUUUAGUGACGACCAUCACAUAUUUAACAAUGUUUACAUUAAAAUUGUCAAGUAAAAAUAAAAAUCACACCAUUAGGAAAAAGAUUUCUGAUUUCUCUCUUCAUAAAAAGUCUCAAAGUUGAA